GCUUCACACCCUGGGCGCAAAUAGCAGUGUCUAUCACAGCCUUACCUCGAGUUUAUGCUGACAUUCAAUGGCCAUCCCCGCCCAGUCACUGGUACCGAUUUGUGGCUGUCGCACGCGAUAACAUCCUCCAAAAACAAUUACCCCAGUUGAGGGAUUCCGUCUUUUAUCCAUUUGUUUGGUAUUGGUCAAUCCGCUAGCCGCCUAGUGGUGAAACAUAGUGCUUGUGACGUGAUUUAAAAGCCAUCAACGCCCCCUGAAUCUUGGGUGAUUCUGUCUGACAAGCAGAGACCACUGCACAUCCCCUUAACCAUCAAAAUCUAGCUGCUGGUAUCCCUUGCGCAAUACAAGCACACAAAGUGGACAAAACAACUAGAUCGAAUAACAAUGCAUAACAUUAUUGGUCUCGGGCUCAAAGGCUUUCUUUUGAUUGCCUCAGCCGUCGUUCUUGGCUUAUCAGUUACCCUGGCAAAACAUCAGAGAUAUGGAAGUCCUCCUGCCGAGACCUCUUUCGCAAGCUUCACCGGUGGAUUCGGCAUUAUCGUGGCCGCCAUAGGUGUUGCUUCAAUGUUCGUCGAUGCGAUUCCGACCCUUGUUCCACUUGUUGCAGAAGGAUUGGCUGCUCUGUUCUUCCUUGCUGGUGGUAUCGCACUGGCUGUUGCUAUGAAAGGGGUUUCCUGUGACGGCGGCAUCGGGACGGACGCAUAUCUCGCCCGCUGGUUCAACAAAAUCCUCAAUGGUGGCUGCCCUACGACCACGCGGUGUUACGUCUCUGACAAGGAUUUUGCUACCGAUGAAGAGGCUAACGACAGUCUGAAAGCACGAUGCGUUCGGACUCAGGCAGACUUUGCUUUCCAAUUCAUUGCCUUGUUCGCUGCUCUGGGUGCCUUGGCGAUGACUUUCUUUACUGCUAGGCGCUCUGGCACCAAGGUCAUUGUUUAAGAGCCCAGAUAACACGAUGCGUUGCGACUUUGCUGAUUUUUUCAGAUAUCCAGAUAAUGAGAGCUGCAGUGAUCCUCCAAAAAACAUGGUAUAUCGUUAAUCAGGGGUUGGAUACUUCGGAAGGAGUGCCCCACGACGAUAAAGGCAUAUUUCAGUUCGGUUUCUCCAGUUAUACUGGUAGUUUGGUGCUCAAACAUGGCCUGGUACAAUAUCAGCCUUUGGAUUUUCCCAUUUCUGCAUUUGGUCGUUGUAAUGAGAUAUCCGGAUAAUCUUCUUUCGGUGGCUUUGUGUGUCGCAAUGAGUUCAAAACGAUCAUGUAGAUAUGUAUGACUGAAAAGAAAGUUAAUAUGAAGAUGGGUUGAACAAAAA